AUUUGCCGGGCCACCCAUAACAAUUACAAUCAAGUCUGGGAAUGAGAAACCAGAACUCCUCCAUCUAUCUAAACACGUCAUAUGCACACUGGUUACAUAGCGAUGACGUACCACAUCCGGUUAGCAGCACGUGGAUGCUACCGUGUAUAUGUUAACGUGGUUUUCAUCUUCUCUGCCUCGCUCCCGAUUGGCACUAUUCCGUUCACUUGCAAUCUCUCGCGUCUGCAACCGCAUCACGAAUUGAUUGGAAGCUCACAAGAAGCCGCAAUGACGUUUGGCACAUUAGACUUCCACACCGCGCUGAUCACCGGCGGCGGAGGAGGCAUUGGCAAGGCGAUUGCGAAGUACUUUGUCUCGCAGGGCAAGCAAGUAAUCAUAGCAGGCCGUACGGAGAAGAACCUUCAAGAAACCGUACAGGAACUGAGUCACAAAGCAUCCUACUAUAUCUUAGACACUGGCAACCUCCAGUCCCUCUCCGAUUUCAUCGAAAAGGUUACAUUGGAGCACCCAAAUCUCGAUUGUCUGGUCAACAAUGCCGGGGUCCAGAAACCGCUCGAUGUCAGCGAGUUGAGCCCACAGGAGUUUUUGCAAAAAGCCGACCAAGAAAUCGCAAUCAAUAUCAACGGUCCCAUGCAUCUGGCCGUGGGUCUCCUGCCACAUCUACAACGGCGGAAGGAGGGUGCGAUCAUCAUGAACGUCUCGUCGACGCUCGGAUACCUGCCGACCUCCAUUAUCAAUCCGGUCUACAACGGCUCGAAGGCCUGGGUCCAUUUCUUUAGCAUGAACUUGAGAACGCAGCUCCAAGGCACCAAUGUCCGCGUCAUCGAGAUCGCACCACCCCAAGUCUCGACGGACUUGCAUCGAGAGCGGAAGGAUCCGGAUGACAACAAGGGGCCGUCUGCGAUGCCUAUUGAUGUGUUCAUGAACGACGUCGUUGCGGCGUGGAAGGAAGAUAGAGAGACGAUCGGGGCUGGUCCAAGCAAGAAAAUCGUCGAAAGAUGGUAUCGGGAGUUUGGCGAGGAUUACAAUACCGCCGCGUCUUCUUGGGGUCCAAAAUGAGCGUGAUUGUUGUCUAGAGUGAGGGCAAGAUAGCAUUGAUCAAGCACGAAGUGCCAGCGGAAACGAACGCUUUAACUAAUUCAAUUGAUAAUAGAUGAUAGCUUUAA